AUGAUCUGGUACGCCCUAUUUCUGCUAGUCGUGCAGAAUGCGGCGGCCUGGCGGUACACGGAUGAUGAUCUGAUGUCCUUUAUGACCCUUCCGGACGCGAGAGCCGUGAGAUUCGACAUUGAAACCCUAGAUCGUAACAGAACUGCCCCGGGAUACUGGUUCGUCUCGCCGUAUCUGCACAUUGAGCCGGAUGAACCGUCGAGCGAAUACGAGCAAUACCAGAUCGGUCCGCACAUCUACGAUGAGGAUGGUAUCCUCAUCUGGACUGGUUCGAUGCAAUUCGACAAUCGCAAUGUCUUCGACUUCAAAGCCAUCAACAGCUUCGACAACAAGACCUACCUAUCUAUGAUCCUACAGUACAGUUACGAUGGUGGCGAGCGCGGUUACGGCAUGAUUCUGAACGAAAAGUACGAGACUUACCGGAAACUGCCCCUGCGCACCGAUCUCGGAGUAUUUGACAUUCACGAGUUUAACGUUCGUAAGGAUGGCAAGUCCGCGCUGGUCACGGUCUACCUGUCUGAGGAGGUUGAACUUACGGAGUUCGGCCGCCCGAAUGAAAAGACGUUCCUUGAAAUCGGUGGAUUUGCGGAAAUCGACACAACUACCGCGGAGAUUCUCUACGAUUGGAAAUCUUACAACCAAAUUCCGCUGUCAGAGACCGUCCAUUACUUCCUAGACUCCGUGAUUGAAGGACCUCCUGGCUGGGAUUAUGUGCACAUCAAUUCUGUCGACAAGAAUGAGGCAGGCGAUUAUUUGAUCUCUAUGCGCUUCACCAACACUCUUUACAUGGUCUCCGGACUCGAUGGGAAAAUCAUGUGGCGACUGAACGGGGUGAACGGCGGUGACUUUGAUUCCGAUUUCCUCUUUUCAAAGCAACACGAUGCCAAGUUCCUGGAGUCUUCUGGCACCCACCAUGUCAUCUCGUUUUUAAACAAUGCAUCGGAUGAGGAGUUCCAGGAGGAGACUAUCUCCGCGGCUUUGAUCGUGGAGGUGGAAACUGGGACCACCCCGAUGACUGCUCGUGUUGUUAAACGUUACAAUCGCCCCGACGGAGACCUCACCCGCCUUCGUGGAAACUCCCAGGUGCUUCCCAACAACAACAUGUUCGUGUGCUGGAGCCAGGGUGGCUACAUCUCGGAGCAUUCGCCCGAGGGAGAUGUAUUGAUGAUUGCGAAGUUCACAUCGCCGCGUUUCUCAAACUACCGCGCGUACAAGUUCGAAUUCACCGGCCGUCCGACUAUUCCGCCCGACGUCGUUGCUUCUGUUUGGGGUACCGACGAGACGAACCUGGUCACGACCAUUUGGGUUAGUUGGAAUGGAGCUACCGACGUUGUCUCGUAUAACUUCUACGCCCAAGCUUCGGAAUUUGACAAGCCUAUUUUCGUGGGGAAUAUCUCCAAGGCCGGAUUUGAAUCCAUGUUCAUGGCUGCCGGGUACGUGGACUGGGUCUCUGUCGAAGCAGUGGACCGCAAUGGCAAUGUCAUGGGUACAUCCCAGGUGAAACGGACUCGGUUCCCAGACUGGGAGAACGUCGGGUGGUCAGGAUACUCUAGUCAGCCUCGGCCGCAGAAUCCAUCAAGGAUCUUCCAAAGCGUUGAUGGCUUCUCGACCGACAAGUCCAUUGACGACAGCAGCUUUGCGUCGUUUGACGGCACCGCAGAGGCUCAGAACCGCAAGACGACUCAGACUCUUGCAACCACAUAUGAUGCCAUCCGUAGCAUCGGUGGUAUGUUUGCGCUCAUUUUGCUACUGGCUGUGAUGUCUGGCAUCAUGGCUAGUUACUUGCUCAUUCGAGGCUGGCGGGUCCACCUCUACCAGCGUGUUCCAAAGGAGGAGAGCUAUGCCGAGGAGGAACGUCUCCGACCGGACGAUGAUUGA